AUGAGUUGGAUAUUCUCGCCGACGGAUAACUGGAAUAGGUCGGUGUUGAUAUCGAGGGUCAUGGUCAUCGUGCUAUCGGUCGACGUGCCGGAAAUGCGGGAGACGCGGUCAUAUUUUUGCGAGUUUAUGGAGGUGAUUGCGAAAGUCUCGUCAAGGAGCUUCCCUUCGCCACCAUGGCCUCGACGGCAGCGGGGACUGCAUCUGGCACCGCCAUUUUUGCUGGAUGACUACAUCCCUCAAUAUCAAUUAAUAUCCUCCAGAGAUGCCGCGAAGAAACGUUCCCAGGCAUAUGCACACCUGCGCAAUUGUAAUCUAUGCCCGCGAUUGUGUGGAGUCAACCGGUAUGAAAAGACGGGGGUAUGCCUCAUUGGGGCCGAGAGUGUCAAAGUGAAUGUCAUCGCACCUCACUUUGGAGAAGAACCGUGUAUCCAAGGGCAUAAUGGGUCAGGAUCUGUUUUCUUCUCCGGCUGCAACCUCCGUUGCGUUUUCUGCCAAAACCACGAUAUUGCCCAUCAGCGAAACGGGUUUGAUCUGACCCCGGAGGAGUUGGCUGAGUGGUACAUGAAGCUGCAGGAAGUCGGCAAAGUUCACAAUAUCAAUCUGGUGACAGCCGAGCACGUUGUACCCCAGGUGGUGCUAUCCAUACUUCACGCGAAAGAGCUAGGACUGAAUCUGCCUAUCAUCUACAAUACGUCCUCGUUCGAUUCAUUGGAUUCCAUCAAAUUGCUGCACGGCUUGGUCGAUAUAUAUCUUCCGGAUUUCAAAGUCUGGAGCAACAAUACGUCCAAGCGAUUGCUCAAAGCGGACAACUACACGGAGACGGCAAUGGAAAGCAUCAAGGCUAUGCACGAGUCCGUCGGGGAUCUCUGUUUUACCGCUGAUGGAAUCGCGAAGAAGGGCGUUCUGCUUCGGCACCUCGUCAUGCCGGGACUUGAAAGUGAAGGCGAAGAGAUUGUGAGAUGGCUGGCCGAGAACAUUUCGAAGGAUAUGUACAUUCAUAUCAUGGAACAGUAUCACCCUCGAGCCCACGUUGGGAAGCCAAAACGUCGCACGAAGUCGGACGUGGUCGCACCGGGAGGAUUUCCAUCCCCGGAUGACCCUGACGUUCAAAGAGUUCGUUAUGAGGAUAUCAAUCGCCCGGCCAACGAAGACGAGGUCUCUUCCGUCCAAAAAGCUGCUCAAGCGGCAGGGCUGUGUAGAUUCGUCGAGCCUGCAGCACAUGGUGGCUUCAACAUUUAA